UAGCAAACGCGGCGCCGGCAGCCCAAAAAAGCACUUAGGCCUCCUUCCUGGACCGCACCGAUCAUCAGCAGAAGCCCUCGGCUUCGCUCGGGCCCCUCUGACGGGCACAGCUCGAAAGCGCUGCGUAUCGAGCGCCUGGAGCUGCGAGCUGAGAGCUGUGAUUAUUAGCACGCGGUCCCAUGCAGCGCAGAGCAAAAGGGCGGCACGACGACGUCGAAGCGAAUACACCAAAGGAGGCCACGCGUAAGAGCAGCACGCGACGGCUCGCGGACCUCGCGCUGGCGCUCGUCGCGGCGGGCCUCCUCUACGCGGCGGCGCGGUCCGGCGCGAGCACUCCAAACGACCAGAAUGAAAUGCAGCAGCCGCUCGCGAAGGUCUUCGCGUUCCACCGCGACGAGGAAUUUUUGUUAGGCGACUGGCUCUACUGGCACUGCGCGGUGUUUGGGUGUAGCAACGUCGUCGUCAUGGACCACGCGUCGACGAAUCCUAAAGUGCUCGCGAUACUCGAAGCGUACAAAACCCGGGGCGUGACGGUCGAGACGUUCCGGGGCGCCUUCGGCGAAAAGGCCGAGGCUUUGAGUAGAGCGAUGCGCGCGCGCGCGGACGAAGCCCGGCUGCUCGUGCCGUUGGAUGUGGACGAGUUCGUCGUGCUCGAGGCCGAUCAGGGCUUCGUCGCGGACGCGCGGCGCAUCCGGGCCGCAUUCGCGGCGAGUGCGUCAUCAAAUGAAAUGCGCAAGUUCAAGUUCUCGAGCCGCGUCGCGGCCUGCCCCGCGCCGGCGGACGACGGCGACGCGCUGGGCGGCGGCCUCCACGUCGUCUCUUCAGGAAACGUCGUCGCCGACGCUGCUAAACGGCCCGCGGUCGUGCGCGCGUUCUCGCCGCCGACGCAGACGGCCAUGGCCAAGACCUUCUUUAGGGGAGGGCCCGACUUCCUCGAGACGGACCAGGGCAACCACUUCGGGAAGAUCAGGAGGGACAACGCGUCGUCGCAGGACGCCAUGAUCGACAACCGCAACUUCGACCGGUUCUUCGCGCGGACGCCGCUGACGCUGCUCCACUUCUCCAUGCCCGACUUCGACACGUGGUACGCCAAGGUCUUGCAACGGGCGAAGGCCUACAAGUUCACGAUGGCGACGCAGUGCGCCGGCGUGCGCCGCGGCCAGCGCUACUGCCGGUCGUUCCAGAAGCUGCGCGGCGGCGCCGCGCCGCGGGAAAUCGCGCGGACGGAGUACGCCGACGUCUGCGGCGCCAUCGCGGCGCAGCAACGAGAAACCGGCGGCGCGCGCCAGCGGCUCCAGGGCGGCCUCGGAUCGCUGGCGGACGUGCUGCUACGGCGGCCGCGGUAACACCACAUGUUUU